CGCCGCCAUGUAAAGUGCGAAGGCAAUAUUACUUAUCGUUCUUCUACCGGUAGAUCCCUCCCUUCAAUUACUACAUAAUUACAUAUCUUUUACCUUUCACUUCUUGAUCUUGGUUCAACCUCCGAGAUUUUUGCACUUCGCAACCGACAAGAUGGCCGUCUCAAAGCCGUCAAACAAAAAGGCAACCAAACAAGACACGCCCAUGGACUCUGAUCGCAAACCUAAGACUACUUUAAAUGGCUUCAGCUUCCCCAAGUCACAGACUCAAAAGGUUGUAUCUUCUGGCCGACGCAAGCCAACUCCAGCGUCUAGCGGUGGGUACGUCCCCAAGCGCAAGGCCGUCGACGUGCCCGCUCGCACGCCUCACAGCCGGGCCGCGAAGUCUCGAAAGAAGUCCAAGAGCGACCCAGACUCCGUUUACUACAACGACACGACCAUCUUCUCUGACCUGUUAGCUUCAGACCCGCCGUCUGCUGCUGUCGAACCGCCCAGUAGUCCGCCGACAGUGAACGGGAGGUCCUCGCAACCGCACUCAUCUCUUCCCAAUGGACGACCAUGGCAAAAGCCGCAAACUCUGGUAGACUUAGAAUCCAAAUCUGCAAGUUCACCCCCGGACGUCUCCCUCCCUCCUGCGAUCUUCGUCUCAGACAAGGCCUUCCUCGCCUCCAUGGACCGCGACAUCCACCUCCUAGCCGCGCAGCUCUCUACUCAACCGACCAUCCAAAUGGAGCUCCCGGACAUCUACACAUCCGACAACACGCCUGCGCCCUGGACCUCGACAACCCUCUUCCACCUCUACAUCCUCGCGUACGCGCUCUCCCUCCCCAACAUCUGCGACCUCAUCGCCGACACCUGGAUCCAGCAGUUCCACGCAAUCGACGACGUGAAGGCCCUCCGCAUCUGGCGCCGCAACCGCGACGUCGAGGAGGACCCGCGGCUGAAGGGUGUGGUGGAGUUCGUGGGCAAUGGCGAGACGUUUGUGGAUACGCGCGCGAUGGAGUUCAAUCCGGUCAGGAUUGGAGAGUUGUAUGGGAAUACGGGGAGGGAGUGCGGGGCGAGGAUGGUGUGGGCGGAUGCGUUGGCACUUUGUGGAGCGGACGCGGAGGAGGUGUUGGAGGUUGGUGGGAGGCGGGAUGGCGAAGUGGCGUCGACGACCGCUGAGGCUGUAGUCGAGGGGUACAAAGGCGGCGGUGUUGGGUGGGAGAAUGUGGAUAGGGGUGAGGUUGUUCGUGCGAUGGAGGACUGGCCGAAGGAGUUUGUGCAGGAUGUUCUGCGUACUUCGUUGAGGCUGACAAGGGUGAGGAGGACGCUGAAAAUCGAGGAGAGGCAUCCUUAUGCUUGGUGCCGGAGGUACCACGAGCAUGCGAAGAGGGGACUGCCAUGUUAUAGGUACUUAGCCUGGCAGGAGAAGGAUGACGAUCACGGUGCUGAAGAGGAGGAGGAGGAAGAGGAGGAAGAGGAGAGUGAGGAUGAGGGGCAGCUAGGAGAAAGUCAUGUCGCCUUGGGUAGGCUUGACAGCGUCGAAUUGGAGGAUGAGGGUAUGAGCGAAGACAACCUGGACCUGGAAGUGCCGCACACUGCGAGGGGCAAAAGGAACGUUCACUUCGCAGUGUAGGGUUGGCUAUAUUUGCAACAAUUCUAGCCCCUGGGACUGAAAGCUUGCGCAACUGUCAGAGGGAACAUGAUCCCUUUUGGGACUUCUUAUGGAAGGUCCGACCUGGAUAAUGAUUUCCUACGCUCAUGGAGUGGUCCUAUGC